AACUGAAACUGUCAGUUGUACAAAAUACCCAAAGUACCCCUUCAACACCUUCUUUCUCUGCAAAACACACUGCCACAAGUUACAGUAGAAUUUCUGAAAGACUAUUAUUUGACAUGUCUCUGCUCUCUAUUGAAUGUGAUGGCGUGUUUUAUCACCACCUCACCCCUCCUAAUUAAUUACAUUUACUACUUUGCCACUUCACUUCAUCUCCUUAUCCCAAGAACAACAAAUACAAAUACAAAUAGCUCUCUCUGUUGUUUUUUACUGGGCUUCAUUUCAAAAUCUCGUGAACUUCGAAGCCCAUUUUAUUUUGCUUCUUCUUCAAUCCACGGGUUUCCUGUGUUUUCAUGUGUGAAAACCACAGCAUUGUUUUCUGGGCCAUUUGAAAAUCUUCAGCAUUAUAACAGCUCUGAUAAUUUUUGAGUGAUGGAUGGGAGACGGCAUUCGGUUGAUGUUCCCAUAUCGAAAACGCUGGUUGCACUUAGAAGAGUGAAGUCACUUAGGGAUCCAACCACAAAUUCGAUAAGCAAGUUCUCCACAAUGGUUGAUAAGUUGAAUUGGGAAACAAAUUCAAAUAAUGCUAUUACUUUAGGAUUUGAAAAUAGACAAGAAGUAGGCUACAAUGAACCAAAUGGCUUCUCUUUGUAUGCCAACCUGGAGGACUAUGUAGGUGAUCAGGAACUUAACUGCAAUAUGGGGAACUGCAAACCACAGUUGAUUUCGCCUCAAAUGGAGCCUUGGAACGGUAAUGUCGAAAUGUCUAACCUAUGCAAACCAAAUGAGAUAGAAAGAGGAAAUAAAUCAUCAAGUAAAAGAUUAGGUCAUCCUUACAGGGAUCAAGGAAUGGCAAUGACUUGUACAACACCUUUUGAUGCCUUGGAGGAGGGCACCGGUUCCAGUAAAGAAUCAAUUGGAGCAGUGCAGGCGAAAGAUGUAGCUUAUUAUUCAACAAAAAAGAAUUGCAAACAUAAAAAACAUACUAGAUCAUCUAGAACAGCAGCUGGUGAUAUCUUGAGUCGUGUAGGUAGUCCCUACUUUUCAUUAAGCGAUGCUCCAAUCGAAAGCUCAAACCAUGCGAUUUCACUAUAUGGAAAUGAAGAUGUUGACAAUGUGGAUUCUGAUCACGGUGGAUGUGGAAUUAGCUCUUGCUGGUUAGGCACCCCUAAAUUUAGGGGAUCAAGUCCUCUUGAAGAGAGACCACUUCUGUCUGCAGGAAUAGGUGACACACUCUUAGCUCUACAAAGAAGAAGCUGGACGAGAGAUAACAAUGGAGUUGCUUCACACUCAGAAAGUCCUAGAAAUCUCAGUCAAAAGUUCAGGCCAAAAUCAUUCACUGAAAUGGUUGGACAGAACGUGGUAUCAAGGUCUCUGUUGAAUGCAAUCUCGAUUGGGCGGAUAAAUCCAUUCUACCUGUUUCAUGGUCCUCGUGGUACGGGAAAAACAUGCGCGUCAAGAAUAUUUGCAGCCGCAUUAAAUUGUCUUUCUCCUGAUGCUGAGAAACCAUGUGGCCUCUGUAGAGAUUGUGUUCUGUAUUUCUCAGGAAGAAGCAAGGAUGUUAGAGAAGUAGAUUCCUUGAAAAUCAAUAAAAUGGAGAGAGUUAGAUUAAUUAUCAAGAAUGCAGUGGCACCUCCUGUUUCAUCCAAAUUUAAGAUUUUUAUAAUUGAUGAGUGCCACUUAUUGCGAGAGGAAACAUGGACUAGCAUUUUAAAUCACCUGGAAGAACUAUCUCGCCAUGUGAUAUUCAUAAUGAUCACCCCUGACCUUGAUAAGCUGCCUCGUAGUGCAGUAUCACGGUCCCAGAAGUAUCAUUUUUCCAAAAUAAAAGAACUUGAUAUUUCUACUAGGUUACGUGAAAUUUGUGAAGAUGAAGGACUCGAUUUUAAUCAGGAUGCUUUGGAUUUCAUUGCUUGUAAAUCAAAUGGCUCACUUCGAGAUGGAGAGAUAAUGCUUGAACAGCUAAGUUUGCUUGGGAAAAGAAUAACAAUGCCUUUAGUCUAUGAGCUAAUUGGAGCUGUCUCUGAUGAUGAGUUGCUAGAGUUGCUGCAUCUGGCAUUGUCAUCUGACACUUCAAAUACAGUUAAAAGAGCCAGAGAGCUAAUGAGAUCUAGAAUAGAUCCCAUGCAAUUGGUAUCACAGCUGGCAAAUCUAAUAAUGGACAUUCUUGCUGGAAAAUGUCAAACAAGUGCUUGUGAAGUCAAAGACAGGCUAUUCAGCGGACACAUUUCUGAAGCUGAGAAACAGCAACUUAGUCAUGCACUCAAAGUACUCUCUGAGACUGAAAAACAAUUGAGGGUGUCAAAAAAUCAAACAACAUGGCUGACUGCUGCGCUUCUACAGUUAAGCUCAGUGAGUUCUUCAGUCGAUGCCAAAGAUGGAAACUCAUGCUUGAGAACGGUAUACGAACAAGAUCCUGAUGGUAAUCUUUGUAGUACAUCAUCAACAAGUGAGAGUUUGAAGCACCUUACAAGUUGUGCAUGUGAAAGCAUCGAAUCUUGCAAAAAGGGAAUGCAGGAUGAUAAGGAAACUCUGGCGUCUAUAUGGUAUAGAGCUGUUGAAAUGUGCGAAUCCAAUUCACUUGCAAACUUUUUGAGAAGAGGGAAAUUGUCAUCAAUUUGUCUUAAGCAAGGUAGGAGUUUCCAUGCUUUACAUGUUUAUUGCAUCAGAUCUUCAGCUUUGCCAUCUCAGUGAAUACAUAGGUCUAUCUCGACCUGAUUACAUUGUCAUCUUUUCUCCAAUCCAAUGUAUAAUUUGAGCCACACAUGUCUCCUAUUUUGGUAAAUGUUGGCACUUCAAAUGCUGAGCUUUGCAAAACCUCCUUUAAUCUGAAGAAGUUGAAAUAGGGAACAACUUUUGAGUUGGACCUCCAUGCUGUUUUUCUGUAAUAAAUUAAGCUGGAAUUUGUAUCUUUAAUAUCCUUCUGUUGUCCUAAUUACUCCCACUUGUGUGCGCUCCGAAGGUACCAAAUGUGCUUUCCAUGGGUAAUGAGCCCUUUUGCUUUUCUGUUUCCAUCUGUCCUUUCAACA